UCAAAACGCCUUCUACUUUUUAGAAACCAACCUAUAGACAAAGCAAGGAAGAAUUAUGAACGACUUGUUGCCCAGUUCCCAAGCUCUGGCAGAUUCUGGAAACUAUACAUUGAAGCUGAGAUCAAGGCAAAAAACUAUGACAAAGCUGAAAAGCUGUUUCAAAGAUGCCUGAUGAAAGUGCUGCAUAUUGAUCUAUGGAAGUGCUAUCUUUCAUAUGUGCGGGAAACCAAAGGAAAACUGCCCUCUUACAAGGAGAAGAUGGCUCAGGCGUAUGAUUUUGCCUUGGACAAGAUUGGAAUGGAGAUCAUGUCAUAUCAGAUAUGGGUAGACUACAUCAACUUCCUGAAAGGAGUUGAGGCAACAGGCUCAUACGCAGAGAACCAGCGAAUCACAGCCGUGCGGCGAGUCUACCAGAGGGGCUGCGUCAAUCCCAUGAUCAACAUCGAGCAGCUGUGGAGGGACUACAGCAAGUAUGAGGAGGGCAUCAAUGUGCACCUCGCAAAGAAAAUGAUUGAAGAUCGGAGCAGGGACUACAUGAAUGCCAGAAGAGUGGCUAAGGAGUACGAGACAGUGAUGAAGGGGCUUGAUCGGAAUGCACCGUCGGUGCCCCCCCAGAAUUCCCCACAAGAGGCCCAGCAGGUAGAGAUGUGGAAGAAGUACAUCCAGUGGGAAAAGAGCAACCCACUGCGUACUGAGGACCAGACUCUCAUCACCAAGAGAGUCAUGUUUGCCUAUGAACAGUGCCUCCUAGUGCUGGGGCAUCACCCGGACAUCUGGUACGAGGCUGCGCAGUACCUGGAUCAGUCCAGCAAGCUUCUGGCUGAGAAGGGGGACAUGAACAAUGCCAAGCUGUUCAGUGACGAGGCAGCCAGCAUCUACGAGCGCGCCAUUGGGACCCUCCUGAGGAAGAACAUGCUGCUCUAUUUCUCCUUUGCUGACUACGAGGAGAGUCGAAUGAAAUAUGAAAAGGUGCACAGUAUAUACAACCGGCUUCUGGAAAUACAAGACAUUGACCCAACAUUGGUUUACAUCCAAUACAUGAAGUUUGCACGUAGGGCAGAAGGUAUCAAAUCUGGUCGGAUGAUCUUCAAGAAGGCCCGAGAGGACAUACGAACACAUCACCAUGUUUAUGUUUCAGCUGCCCUGAUGGAGUACUACUGCAGUAAGGAUAAAUCUGUGGCCUUUAAGAUAUUUGAACUUGGCCUGAAGAAAUAUGGAGACAUACCAGAGUAUAUACUUGCAUAUAUUAAUUACCUCUCUCAUCUUAAUGAGGAUAACAACACCAGGGUCCUGUUUGAGAGGGUUUUAACCUCAGGGAACUUGUCACCUGAGAAAUCUGGUGAGAUCUGGACUCACUUCUUGGCCUUUGAGAGCAACAUGGGUGACUUGGCCAGUAUUGUGAAGGUAGAGAGGCGGCGAUUCAUGGCCUUUAAAGAGGAGUAUGAGGGGAAAGAGACAGCCCUGCUAGUGGACAGAUACAAGUUCAUGGACCUCUAUCCCUGCUCCACCAGCGAGCUCAAAGCUCUCGGCUACAAGGACAUCUCCCGUGCCAAAUUAGCAACUCUGAUCCCAGAGACAGUGAUGACCCCGUCACUGCCCACGUUGAAGGAUGAGGUUAACCGAAAACCAGAGUACCCCAAACCUGACACCAGCCAGAUGAUCCCCUUCCAGCCCCGUCUCCUGGCACAUCCAGGACUGCAUCCUGUUCCGGGUGGGGUGUUUCCUGUGCCCCCCGCUGCUGUCGUCCUCAUGAAGCUGCUGCCCCCGCCCACCUGUUUCACGGUCUGUGACACCACACUGCCCACUGCCAAUCAGGCCUCUCCUUACAGAAGUGGAUGA